UAAUGUAGGUGCAGUAUGCAGAUAAGCUAUGCUAUCAUGCUUUGUGUUGAGGUGAAUGAACAAUGCAGAAAGGGAUUGUUUUGUUAUUGUGUUUUGGUGCGAGUGUAAUGACAUUCGCUGCCUCUGUUCAUUAGACUUUCCGCCCCCUCCUCCUCCACUUGAUGAUGCAGAGCUUCCAGCCCCUCCUCCAGAAUGCCAAAUCAUACCCCCUGUAUCUGAUGCCCCUCCUCCUGCAUUCCCAGCACCGCCCCCAGUUGCAGAGGACCUGAACCUCCCUGCAUCUCCUGAGGAAUUAACCUCUGUACCUUCUGUCUCCUUCCCCCCAACCCCACCACCACCUCCCCCUCCUCCUCCUCCUCCCCCUAAGACAAGUGCAGGUGUCAGCUCUCAGAGGCUGUUUGAGAAACAGACCAGUUUUGACAGGCAGCUGGGCUCUUUGACCAAUAUGUUAUCAGAGAUGGAGACUAGCGGACCUUUCAAUCCAAAGUUGCCUAGCCAGUUUUCAUCAGCACCAGCGCCAAAGCCAGCACCACCUCCACCGACAGCUCCUAAGCCUGCCCUUUCCUUUCUGCCCCCUCCUGAGCUGCAGGAUCGUCCUCCCCCCGCCCCUUGGGCUGAGGAGCUACGUGCCCGAACACGACCGGCCAAUCAGAACACAGCAUCUGCCCCCGCACCUGUACAGUCAUUUACUAAAGGCCCAGCUGUUGCUCCAAAGACCAACUUCCCUCCCAGUCAGCUGAAUUCAAAUUUUGGUUCCAAAACAGUUAGUCCAGCACCUUCUGGAGGCGCAAGAGGGUUUAACCACGCCAUUAAAACCCCCGCCCAAAGCUCUUUCCCACCACCUCCACCUGCCGCCCCUCCCGCCCCUGUUCCUCCACCAGUGAAUAUUCCUGCCCCUGCACCUACAUUCAAUCACUCGGAAACAUCUCCCACUGGCAGUCAGCAAAGCUUUGCUCCGCCUUCUCCUGCUGCACCUAAAACAUCGCCCGUCUCGUCAUUCAACAGACCAGCAGGAAACACGGUUCCACCAAAGGUGUCUGGUUCAGGUUCAGGUCCUGGUGGAGCUCCUCUCACUAUGAGGGAAGUAGAAGAGCUGGAGAAAAUGACUAAGGACUUUAUCAAAGACAUGGACGAGCAUCCUCCUGUGAUCACCUCUCCAGCUACAGAGGUGUGUGGUAAAUGUGGAGAGGCUCUGUCUAGAUCUCAGCCAGCAGUAAGAGCGAUGGAUAAACUCUACCACUCGCAUUGUUUCUGCUGCGUGACCUGUCGGCGCCCCCUACAGGGCAUGCAGUUCUACGACUGUGACAGAACGCCUCAGUGUGAGGACUGCUACAUGAAUUCUCUGGCUGUGUGUUCCCGCUGUGGGGAGCGGAUCACAGAUCGUGUCCUGAAGGCGGUGGGCCAGUCUUUCCAUGCCCACUGUUUCCUCUGCUCUACCUGUGGCUGCACCCUGGAGGGCACUCCAUUCAUCACCGAUGACAAAAACAACCCUUACUGUGUCAAAGAUUACCAUCGCCGGUUCUCUCCUCUUUGCGUAAGCUGCAAUGAGCCGAUUAUUCCCGACCCUGGAAGUGAAGAGACAGUCAGGGUUGUUGCCUUAGAGAAGAACUUUCACCUGAAGUGCUACCGCUGUGAGGAUUGUGCUCGCCCCCUUUCCAUAGAGGCAGAUGCUGAUGGCUGCUAUCCAUUUGAUGGCAGAAUUCUGUGCAUGAAAUGCCAUACCCAACGUGCCAAGCAGGCCAAACAUUGAUUGGUGGAACUUGCCACAAACCUAAACCAAAUUUAAGACACAUAAUUGGCUCAGCUUUGAAAAUUCAUUUGCCGAAUGUGUUUGUGAGUGUUGUACUUCUCUCUUCCAUUUCACAUUGUCAUUUUCUAAUUUUCCUCAUGUUUGCUCAAUGACAGUUUCGUCUUCUCUCGACAAAGCUCUGCUGCUUUUUCUGAAUGGCCUUAUUCAGAGCUCGGCCAAUAGCUUGCCCUCUUUGCCCAGGUGUCUUUCUGAUAGGGCUUGAUGUGUGCGACCACAGUGUUAGUGCCUCCAUGUUGAGUGUUACAUACGGCAGUUUUUACCCCUAGAUUAAUAUGUAAAGUGUUAGAGAAGUGAUUUUUAGGGCUGUUUUUUGGCUUGAAUUUUUACUGUAGAGGCUGAUUCGGUGCAGAGGUAAUGUACUGCACUGCCAUCUCAGCUCAGCGAGCUGUACGACUCCCAGCAUGCCUAUAAAAAAAACUCAGAACAUCCAUAAAUUGUACCACAGCUGACUACUGAGGUGAGACGUAAAGUCUGUUUAUCCACAGCCAUCCAUGCACUUUCAAUAAGGCUUUCCAAAACAUACCUUGUAGUUGAUGAGAAGGGCUCUGUGUGAAAUGUAGUCGCGACAAAUGUAAAAUAAGCAAAAACAAAGGCAGGGAAAGGUGAAAGAACAAUGCGAUUUGUGUAUUUGUCAUGCAUGCUUCAUUUAUGUAAAUGAACAAAUAUUUUAAGAAGCACAUUCGUUUUGUCCUAAAACGUAUCGAACUAAAUAUGUGACGAUACAGUUGUGUAAGUUUGCAUUGAUUAUCAUAGCCAGUAUCAGUUCAGUUGUUUUUCAUUCAAUAUAUUGCCAGAGGUGUUUAGCAAUUGCACAACUAGGUCAGUUUGAUGAAAAAGUAUCUCCAAAGAAAAGCACAUCAGCCACUGAGCCCGUUGUUAUAUUGGCUUUAAGGUAGCGCUGAUAUUAUUUUGAGAAUUACAUCUGUUUUACAUAGCUCAGAAACAUUUGUUUUGUUUUAUUUCUCUAUGCACCUGUUUCCCUCGACUCUCUUGUCCAAGAAAUUCUCAUAUUUGAUGUAACCGAAUAAACCGAUGGCUCCCAUCAUAAAAAAUCUUACAUGACCAAAUCCAACACAUUAUGCAUGAUUUGUUGUUAUUGUUAUUACAGUGUUUUAUACGUCAUGUUUCACAGUUGCCUCAUUUUCAUGCUGGUAUCACGACACUGCUGAAUUCAGUAUGCUGUUAUUGACCAUUUGAACACUUAUGGUUUAGUCUCCUUGUAUUUACCAUUCACCAGUACUUUGUCUUUUUUUUUUUGUAAACUGAACAUCUAAAUUCCUCUCUUAAUAUGUGAAUGUGUGCAUGUUUACGGUCGAAAGUAUGCCAACGUGUUAAUUUUGCUAUCAUUUUUUUCCCCCCACAUUUGUACUGUAUUCUGAACUAAUAAAAGUAUGAAAUUGACGGACAGAGCACUUUUUUGAGCUGUCACUGGACCUAAAAGAUGUUUCUUGA